GCAGCAGCUGGGCGAGGCCAACACCGCGUUGCGUACCAAGGAGGAGGAGUGCAGCAAGCUGGCCACGGAGCGCGAUCUGCUGGUCACGCAACUGGCAGAGCAGAAGGAGCUGCUCAAGAAGACCCAGAAGGAGGUGGAGGACAAGGAGACCGCCCUCCUUGAUGAGUUCGCAUCCGAGCGCUCCUCCUGGACCGACAAGGAGGCGAUGCUGACCUCCGGCUUCCAUGAGAUCGAGGAUCUCGUCGACGACUUCUUCCUCGGCCACUCGAAUGCUGCCAACCAAGCCAUCGAAGCUGGUCGUGAAGGGCGGAGGGCGGACGGCGCGAAGACCGCCGCCGAUGCCCCCCGAACUCUUGACGAGCAGAUUCUGAGCAUCGAGGCCCGCCUACGGUUGGCACACCAGAUGCUGCGCCAGCUUCAACGUGUCGGCGCCCAGGCGAUCGCCGCCUUGUGGCCGGACAUGCAGGCACCGCGUACCCCUAGCCGGACUGCCGACUGGCUGGAGGUAGCGGUUGGUCGCCUUGAGGCCUGGAAGGGCUCUUCGGCCCGGGCUAGAGUGCACCGGGCCUUAGAGUUCGUCAAGGUGUGGUACCCUGGGCUGAGCCUAGACCAUCUAGCCACGUUCCGGCUAGAAGCUCAGGCGGAGUUGGUGGUCGUGGAAGACGAUCUCGUCAAGCGCGCGACGUCUAUCGCCGAGUACAACGACACUAGCGUCUUCGUCCCAGAGCGGGUUGAGAAUGGCGACGGGGCCCCGCUGGAGUGGUUCGGACUGAAUCCGAACGACGGCGAGGACUCGGCGGAGGUGAUUGACUCCAGUGGCGAGGAAGAAGGCGAGGUGGAGGAAGGAGUCGAAGAGGAGGCGCCAGAGGUCGGAGCGGAUGGCCAACCCCAGCUCGACCGCGCCUCUAGCAACGAGCCACGCCCUUCCGAGCCAGCCGUUGCCAGAGACGACCAAGCAGAGACCGACCAGCCGGCUGCUCCGGCAACUGGCACCGCCGACUCCUCCGAUCCUUCGAACCCGUCUGCUGCUUCCUAAGCUUGCCACUUUAUCUUAGUUUUUAUCUGCUCAAUAGU